GACCAUGGCGAGCCCUAGUUACAGCCCCUAACCUGAAAAAAAUUCCCUGAAAUUGUGAUACGGAUAGGGCAGGCAAAAUUCCCUUUCUCUUCGCUCCCUGAGCAGCCACCGUCCACCGGCUCUUGAAUCUUGCACCGUUUCUAACUAUGUGCUACGGUCACCAACGCUCCUUAUCGUCAGAUGACCUAAUCCCUUCACGAAACCCCCGAUCCCGAAACAAUAACACAUCUGUAGUAGAAGAUCUACGGGGCCGCCUUGCCGAGACCGAGGCUCGCCUUGAACGAGCCAGGGCUCGUGAGGCCGAGCUCAGUCGCCGGCUUGAGGAAAUGAAGCGAUUCGUCUCCGUUAUGGAGAUCCUCGAGACCUACCUCAAGCGAAGGUUUCAAGAGCAGCAAGAUAACAUCGCUAGCCUCUUGUCGUCUCUGCCUGCUAAAUAGCUUUAAUUCUCGGUGAUUUAAACAUAAUUCCCCCACUUGUGUACAGUUUUUUUUUCUUUCUUUUUUCGGGUGAAAUCUGAGGGUUUUUUUCCCUUUAAUUUGUGGUGUGAUUUCGUGUUGUUUGAUAGUUGUAUGAAAACUAUUACUAUCAAUUAUAAAAGCGCACAGAUUUAGAAGGUUC